AUGAGGUUUUUUUUCCCGCUUUUGCUCGCAAGCUUGCUUGCGCUAGUCGCGGCUAAUUGGGCCCCCGAAGACUACGAGAUCUUCGGGUUGAACGAUAAAGUUAGAGGCGACCUUGGGCCCGAAACCACAUUCUACUCGUGGCUUGGUCUUGAACACGGCCCCAAAUCCACCAAGGAUGCAAUCAACAAGGCAUACCGAAAACUCUCCAGACAGUUGCACCCGGACAAAGUCGGGAAGGGUUCACGGAAGACGCGGGAAAUUGCGGAGCAGAGGUUCCAACGUUUGUCUCUGGUGGGCAACAUUUUGAAGGACCAGAACUUGAAGAAAAGGUACGACUAUUUCUUGAGCAACGGCUUCCCCAAGUGGAAAGGCACGGGCUACUACUAUUCUCGUUUCCGGCCGGGUUUGGGGUUCACCCUCGCAGUGCUUUACGUGCUCAUAAGCACGCUCCAGUAUAUCUCACUCAGAAUCAGCCGCAAACAAGAUUUCAAGCGGAUCGUCUCUUUGAAAACUCAAGUAAAAACACAGGCGUGGGGAGGCUCGUUCAUCCCGCCCCUGGACGGUUCCGCCCGCCGGGUCACUGCUGAAAAUGGCAGAGACUUCCAUGUUGGACCAACUGGCGACGUCAGUUUGAUUGAAAUGUCCAACAAAACCGAGAUGGUGCUAGUUCCACUUGACGAGCACGACAUCAACACCAACCCCGGUUUCAAGCAGUCUUUCUUUUAUAGACUUCCUGUGGGCUUGUGGAACAUCACGUUGGGCAAACUCUCGGGGCGCACGAUCGAAAACACGGAGUCGUAUGUCAACCCUCACCGGGCGAAAAGAGAGGCCUUGGAAUUAAAGGAAAAAAAGAAGGAGCAAAAGGCGAAAGCAGCGAAAAAGGCCGAGCGUGCCGAGCGGGUUGAGUUGCCCAAUGGGAAAGUCAUCUACAAGCGCAAGAAUGGGAAGAAGUAA